CAGCAGCAGCGCGGCUCCAGCCGCCCGCCGGCUCGUUCACUCGCUCGCGGUGCCCGCCGCCUGCCGCCCGGCUCUGGGCUGCUCGCAGCUCCGGCUCCUGGCCCGGCGCUCUGGCGUGGCUCGGGCUCCGGGGGACAGAACCGCGCGACUGGCAGGCUAAACCCCGGGCGGGAGGCGGAAGCAGGGAGCCCGAGCCAGGUCCUGGGGACCACUGUGCUGUCUUCUAGGGCCUCACUGGCCUCCCUCAGCUAACCCUCUGGAAUCCAGCCCAGGGCCUGGGAUGGCGCUCUCAGUGACAGGGCUCAUUGUCUUUCCCCUCCUGCAAGCCGUCCUCUCCCUGAACCCCGAGGACCCCAACGUGUGCAGCCAUUGGGAGAGCUAUGCCGUGACCGUCCAGGAAUCGUACGCACACCCCUUCGACCAGAUCUACUACACACGAUGCACAGAUAUCCUCAACUGGUUCAAGUGCACCAGGCACCGGAUCAGCUAUAAGACGGCGUAUCGGCGCGGCCUCCGGACCAUGUACCGGCGGAGGUCCCAGUGCUGCCCUGGCUACUACGAGAGUGGAGACUUCUGCAUACCCCUGUGUACAGAGGAGUGCAUGCACGGCCGCUGCGUUUCCCCGGACACCUGCCACUGUGAGCCCGGCUGGGGAGGACCCGACUGCUCCAGCGGCUGCGACAGCGACCAUUGGGGCCCCCAUUGCAGCAACCGGUGUCAGUGCCAGAACGGUGCCCUGUGCAACCCCAUCACCGGCGCCUGCGUGUGCGCCGCCGGCUUCCGCGGUUGGCGCUGCGAGGAGCUCUGCGCGCCAGGUACCCACGGCAAGGGCUGUCAGCUGCCGUGCCAGUGCCACCACGGCGCCAGCUGUGACCCCCGCACCGGCGAGUGUCUCUGCGCACCCGGUUACACAGGCGUCUACUGCGAGGAGCUGUGCCCACCUGGGAGCCAUGGGGCUCACUGUGAGCUGCGCUGCCCCUGCCAGAAUGGGGGCACCUGCCACCACAUCACUGGCGAGUGUGCCUGCCCACCAGGCUGGACGGGAGCUGUGUGCGCACAGCCCUGCCCACCAGGGACCUUUGGCCAGAACUGCAGCCAAGACUGUCCCUGCCACCAUGGAGGGCAGUGUGACCAUGUGACUGGACAAUGCCAUUGCACAGCCGGAUACAUGGGGGACCGGUGCCAAGAGGAAUGCCCCUUCGGGACCUUUGGCUUCCAAUGCUCACAGCGCUGUGACUGCCACAACGGGGGCCAGUGUGCGCCCAGCACAGGCGCCUGUGAGUGUGAACCUGGCUACAAAGGCCCACGCUGCCAGGAGCGGCUGUGCCCGGAGGGCCUGCACGGCCCAGGCUGUACCUUGCCCUGCCCCUGUGAUGCCGGCAACACCAUCAGCUGCCACCCAGUAACUGGAGCCUGCACCUGCCAGCCAGGCUGGUCUGGCCACCACUGCAAUGAGUCCUGUCCUGCUGGCUACUAUGGUGAUGGCUGCCAGCUGCCCUGCACCUGCCAGAACGGCGCCGACUGCCACAGCAUCACUGGGAGCUGCACCUGUGCCCCAGGCUUCAUGGGAGAGGUCUGUGCGGUCCCCUGUGCAGCAGGGACCUACGGCCCCAACUGCUCGUCCGUCUGUAGCUGUAACAACGGUGGCACCUGCUCCCCAGUAGAUGGCUCCUGCAUCUGCAAGGAAGGGUGGCAGGGCCUUGACUGCACCCUGCCAUGUCCCAGCGGGACGUGGGGCCUGAACUGCAAUGAGAGCUGCACCUGUACCAACGGGGCGGCCUGCAGCCCCGCCAACGGCUCCUGCUCCUGCACCCCUGGCUGGCUGGGAGACACCUGCGAGCUGCCCUGCCCGGAUGGCACAUUUGGGCUGAACUGCAGUGAGCGCUGUGACUGCAGCCAUGCUGAUGGCUGUGAUCCUGUCACAGGCCACUGCUGCUGCCUGGCCGGAUGGACAGGCAUCCGCUGUGACAGCACGUGUCCGCCCGGUCGCUGGGGCCCCAACUGCUCCGUCUCCUGCAGCUGUGAGAAUGGCGGCUCCUGCUCCCCAGAGGAUGGGAGCUGCGAGUGUGCCCCUGGCUUCCGAGGACCCUUAUGCCAGAGAAUCUGCCCCCCUGGGUUCUACGGCCACGGUUGCACCCAGCCAUGCCCCCUCUGCGUGCACAGCAGCGGGCCCUGCCACCAUGUCAGCGGCACCUGUGAGUGCCUUCCCGGGUUCUCCGGAGCCCUCUGCAACCAAGUGUGUGCUGGAGGGCGCUUUGGACAGGACUGCGCCCAGCUCUGCUCCUGUGCCAACAAUGGGACCUGCAGCCCCAUUGAUGGCUCCUGCCAGUGCUUCCCCGGAUGGAUUGGCAAGGACUGCGCCCAGGCUUGCCCACCUGGGUUCUGGGGCCCCGCCUGCUUCCACACUUGCAGCUGCCACAACGGGGCGAGCUGCAGCGCUGAGGAUGGGGCCUGCCACUGCACCCCUGGCUGGACAGGACUCUUCUGCACACAGCGCUGUCCAGCAGCUUUCUAUGGGAAGGACUGUGGGCGUGUGUGCCAGUGUCAGAAUGGCGCCAGCUGUGACCACAUCAGUGGCAAGUGCACCUGCCGCACAGGCUUCACCGGGAGACACUGUGAGCAGAGAUGCGCUCCAGGAACCUUCGGCUAUGGGUGUCAGCAGCUGUGUGAGUGCAUGAACAAUGCCACCUGUGACCACGUCACUGGCACCUGUUAUUGCAGCUCUGGAUUCAAAGGAAUCAGGUGUGACCAAGCCGCCCUCAUGAUGGAGGAGCUGAACCCCUACACCAAGAUCAGCCCAGCGCUGGGUGCAGAGCGGCACUCGGUGGGUGCCGUCACAGGCAUCGUCCUACUGUUGUUCCUCAUUUUGGUGCUGCUGGGCCUGUUCGCCUGGCGCCGACGGCGACAGAAAGAGAAAGGCCGCGACCUGGCUCCCCGCGUCUCCUACACACCUGCCAUGAGGAUGACAAGCACCGACUACUCCCUCUCAGAUUUGUCUCAAAGUAGCAGCUAUGCCCAGUGCUUUUCCAAUUCCAGCUACCACGCACUGGCGUGCGGGGGGCCUGCCACCAGCCAGGCCAGCACUCUGGACAGGAACAGCCCCACAAAGCUCAGUAACAAGUCCCUUGACAGAGACACAGCAGGCUGGACCCCCUACAGCUAUGUGAACGUGUUAGAUGAAGGCAAAAGAUGCACUCGUCAUCUGGAAAAGGAGCCCCUGCCUGAGCCAGGCCCUACCAAGAUCAGUGCCCUGGAGGCCAGGUAUCCGCCCGAGGACUUCUACAUUGAACUUAGACACCUCAGCCGUCACGCUGAGCCACACUCACCAGGUGCUUGUGGAAUGGAUAGACGUCAAAACACAUACAUUAUGGACAAAGGCUUCAAAGAUUACAUGAAAGAAUCCGUGUACAGUUCUAGCACUUGUUCCUUGAAUAGCAGUGAAAAUCCUUACGCCACAAUAAAGGACCCACCCAUCCUCACCUGCAAGCUUCCAGAAAGCAGCUAUGUAGAAAUGAAGUCGCCUGUGCACAGGGGGUCUCCGUACACAGAUGUGCCAUCCUUGUCGACAUCUAAUAAAAAUAUAUAUGAAGUUGGUAGGUGUCUCAAAUAAGUAACUUAGCAAAAUUAGGAUAAUAGUUAGCAUCUGAAGUAAAAACAAUCCCUCUCCACUCACCCUGUCUUGAAAACACACCCUUCUUUUGUUGCUUUUUAAGGGAUUCAAGGUGAACUGUCUUUCCCAGGACUGCCCUUCCCUCUCAUGCAUCAAAUUCUUGGGCCAACUCUGCUUUAAAAAAACACCAGGACUAGUAUGAAGCAGUAAUACUGAGGAAGUGGGGAGUGGGUACACACACACAUACACUUCAACCAAUAGUUGAUAGGAAUCCCAGUUUAAAAAAAAACAAUCAGAACAGACAUUAACUUCCUCAAUCACCUUCAACUUUCUCCCAGUUUAACCCAUGUCCCUGGGCUCACUGAUAAGACCCCUAACCUCUACGAUAUUCAAAAUCUCUUGGUUUUGACCAGAGCUUGGGAUUCUGACAGUACACUCACUUAGGCUUUACAUCUUGUGAGCAAGUCUCAGUCCUAACCCUCAUACAUUUAUCACAGAUUUAUAACCCCUGGCUACUGUGCCCCCACCCAGUUAAAUAGAACUCUCUUCCCUCCAACAAGGCAACCGAAGCUAAUCUGUUCUCUGAACUCGUUUUUCACUAUAUUCCUUAGAGCCCACAGUCAGUGUGGUCCAAGAAGGCCGCGGUCAUAACUCCAGCUAUAUCCAGAAUCCAUACGAUCUACCUAGGAACAGCCAUAUUCCUGGUCAUUAUGACCUCCUCCCUGUAAGACAGAGCCCUGCCAAUGGGCCUUCCCAGGACAAGCAGUCUUAACAGGGAUAAGCUUCUCUCUUGCAAUGUGCUCUGCUGAAUAUUCUCUGACUCUCUGAAAGAAGACAAUCCCUUGACUUGAAAUAAUGGUACAGACUGACUCCAGCUGCGUGUUAGUUAUUACUUUCACCUGGAACUAAAGAAGAGCUUCCAAGUGGGACUGGAGUAAUUGUUCAAAAGGUCUGUUUGCAAAGGCAAAUCCUAUCACUCACCCACCCCAAACCCCAAAUCCCUGGAUUAUAUGAUCUUUUAAAACAUUUAGGAUACAGCUACUCAUCAACAUCAGCUAAAUAUAGCUCAAUAUAUUUAUUUAUAUAUUUAAUUAUCUGAAACAUAAUGCUUAGAAAGCAUGUAGAAUAGGUUUUACAAACAUUCCUAGGGGGAAACGGGGACCAGGGAGGGGAGAGGAUUACUGUAAAACACUUGAAAUAGUACAGAUGUACUUUUGGCCACUGUUACCAUCAACAUGUUUGACUACCUAAUUAGUACAUAGACACAAACUGUGCUAAUAUCAAUCCUAAAGUACCUAUACAUGUCUGGUCCAUCAAAUUACAAUGGCCAAGACUGCAGAGUUAGUAUAUAGUCGAAUGCUGACAACUUUAAUUUUUAAAAAUAAGACUUUAAUAAAUACAAAUUAACUUUCCCCUCUUCUGCCCUGCUGGUAGUAGGAAAAAAGGUUUCCAAAGCGCAGCAGCCUCUUUCAGUCUAUGACAAUAUUUCUAGGCCAGUUCAAAUUCCAGAACACUGCAAGUCAGUCCUGGCCUUGUCCACCCAACACCUGAGUCAUUCCAGGGGAAACAGAACUCUGAGAUGGUGCUUUAAGCAAGUUGUCAGACUGAUAAGAAUUACGUGUCCCUAAAAGUGGCUGUUUGGCCUCCCAAAUUUAUUUGGUUGGCAUUCCUGGACUCAGAGAAGUACUUGCUUUUCAAGCAUUUCUUCAUAAAUCUUGAGCUUGGUGUAAUAAUUAGACAAAAGUGGAUAUAGCAAGUUUAAACUGCUUAAUGUACAUUAUGUUUUUUGAUGGAAGUUGAAAUGACCAAAGAAAGAAUGGACUGUAAUCGGUUGCUACGUUAAAAACUUUAUAGUUAACAUCAUAUGAGGAUAUGAAGUACUUCUACCUUCUAUCUUAAAAUCACCACCCACCGAGAUGGCCAAAACUAAAUUACAAUGAACUAAUGCUCCGGAUCCCAGUAUUCAGAUGUGUCACCUACCAUUAAACAUAGGUAAACUGGGACUCAGAUGAGUAAAAAAUGGGCCAAUUCCCAAGCCCUAAAGAGGGCCUCCUCAUGAAAAUUAAAGACCAAAAGGGCAAACCAAGGAAACUAAUGGCACCCCUAUACCACUCCAUUCUCUGGUAACAGUCCAGUCAGUAAAAUUUCCAAAAAGGUAUACAGAAGAGGAUCUAAAUGACUGCAAAGUUGGAAUAGCUGCUACAGGAAGUGUGGGAGUUCUGAAGCCCUUGAUACAAAUUGGAAGUCUGCCAUGGAACCCAUUAGUUUGGGCAAUAACCAGCAAAAGCAGGAAAAAAAAAAAACAAGUACAAUCCCUCCCCCACUUCACUGAAGGCUUAAGCAAAUGUUGUUAUGGGGAAAAUAUCUAAUACUUACAUGAAUGCUGCAUGUGUGCAUGGGAGCAAGUGAUCAGCGAUAGCAAAUUUACUUUCCAAAAAAGCCUUGUUAAAAUAUAAAUACUAGAAAAUUACUCUGUAGACCCAAGUAAAUAUUUCUCAUACAUAUGUAGAAAGAAAUACAAAUAAGAGACUUACCUCAGUAUUUCAGGGCAGCAAGUACUCAAUUAUCUUUGUGAAGCAAAGAUCAAGAAUCAUGGCAAAGUCAGAUCAGCAAGGAGAAACUUCAUCUCAAUCCCAGGUUUUAUCUUCUCCCCUUACCCUGCAUGUACAGUAACAGCUGCCUGGCAAACUGCAAACAAGCAGCAUCACUCAAGUUUCAAGUUUCACCUCUUUUUUUUGCCAACUAUCUUCUGGGCAAAAUUCAACAAGAGGUGGCAGGGUGCAAUUGCUAAAGCACUGGGUCAAGAGAGCUGAGUGUUACUUGCCCUCUCUGGGCUCCUUUUUUCCCCCGUGUGUCAAAAAGGGAGACGCAAAGAUGCAUAAGGGAAACCUAACAACUCUUCAGCUCUAGCAUUCUGUUUAAACAAAUGUAUCACAAAUCAAAUCAGACAUUACAGGAAAAGGGAAAGACAGAGGGUGUGAUUGAUCUAUGGUAACAACAGCUGUCUUCACAUAUCUAAGAGUUACUGGUAAAAGACAUUUCAAUUUACAGAGCAACUGUUAGGAACUUCUGUCUAGCACUGUCACAAGUAGGGUCAUGGUCAACCUAAACAUGUGCACUGUGCAUUUUAUUGGCAACUUGGAAAGAUCUGUUCAACUAUUUUACAGAAACUAAGUUCUCACCCAAAGUGAUGUGUAUGAUUGAAAUGAAUAAAGAAAACAAUUAUUGUACAAUAGCAUUGACACUAUGAAAUGGCAAUACUUUUUUUAAACAAUCCAGAUUUGUAAUAUAUUUGUUCACUGUGCAGAGGGAUCACACCUUGUACAAAAUAAAUUAAUUUCUCAAACUAA